CUUUUUUCUUACGCAGUCAUUCCUCAUUGGCGGAGGUUGCGGUAGCGGCUGGGAUCGUGCUCCCGGCUGUUUCUCACGAGAUCCGGCGAGUGCAGUGACAGAGCAAAGAGCAACAUGGCGGCGCCGGGGGCAGAGAUUCAGACCAGCCUCAAUGGGUCCGUUGGAACUGAAGCCGCAGGAGCCCCAGAACAACAGAACCAGCAGCAGCAGCAACAACAGGCCCCUCCGCCGAAUGCCUGGCAGGUGAUCAAAGGCGUUCUGUUCAGGAUCUUCAUCAUCUGGGCCAUUAGCAGUUGGUUCCGAAGAGGCUCUGCACCCCAGGACCAAGCCACGCCCACCGGAGCCCCUCGGCCCCCGAGUCGGAACCUUUUCCCUCGGGAUACCCUCAUGGACCUCCAUGUGUUUCUGUCGGAGAAUGAAGUCUUUACAGAAUUUAAUUCAUCCGCGGCUCUGUUUUGGGAGCAAAGGGACCUGGUGUACGGAGACUGGAGCAGCGGGGAGAAUGGGGACGGCUGCUAUGAGCAGUACUCAGAGGUCACCAUUCCAGAGAGUGUCCAGAGAAACGGCUCUUUCUACAUCCACGUUUAUCUCACAAAGAGCGGCUUCCACCCGGACCCGAGUCAGAAAGCCCUGCACCGGAGGCUGGCCACGGUGCACACGUCUCGCAUGCUGAACAAAUACAAGCGUCGGCGUUUUCUUAAGACCAAAAAUCUACUAACCGGAGAGACGGAGGCCGAUCCAGAGAUGAUCAAGAGGGCCGAGGAUUUUGGUCCCAUUGAGGUCAUCUCUCACUGGCACCCGAAUUUGACGAUAAAUAUCGUUGAUGACCACACGCCAUGGGUACAGGGCAGCGUCCCACCACCUCUGGACCAAUAUGUGAAGUUUGAUGCGGUUAGCGGUGAUUACUAUCCGAUCCUGUACUUCAAUGAUUACUGGAAUCUGCAGAAAGAUUAUGUCCCAGUAAACACCAGCGUGACCAGUCUGCCCCUGCGGCUGUCCUUCUGCCCGCUCUCGUUGUGGCGGUGGCAGCUCUACGCGGCACAGAGCUCCCGCAGUCCCUGGAAUUUUCUGGGGGAGGACCUGUAUGAGCAGUCUGAUGAGGAACAGGACUCUGUCAAGGUGGCCCUUUUGGAGACCAAUCCCUAUCUCCUGGCUCUGACCAUCACCGUGUCCAUUGUGCACAGCAUCUUUGAGUUCCUGGCCUUUAAAAACGACAUCCAGUUCUGGAACAGCCGUCAGUCUCUGGAGGGCCUCUCGGUGCGUUCGGUCAUCUUCAACGUGUUCCAGUCCCUGGUGGUCUUGCUCUAUAUUUUAGACAACGAGACCAACUUCGUGGUGCAGGUCAGCGUUGGGAUCGGUCUCCUCAUCGACUUCUGGAAGAUCACCAAGGUCAUGGAUGUCAGGCUGGACAGAGAGAACAAAAUUGCUGGAAUCUUCCCCAGGUUAACGAUGAAGGACAAAUCCACGUACGUGGAGUCUUCAACCAAGAUCUAUGAUGAUAUGGCCUUCAAAUACUUGUCGUGGCUCUUGUUCCCGCUGCUGGGAUGCUACGCAGUGUACAGUUUGCUGUAUUUGGAGCACAAGAGCUGGUACUCCUGGGUACUGAGCAUGUUGUACGGAUUCCUUCUCACCUUUGGUUUUAUCACAAUGACGCCACAGUUAUUUAUUAACUACAAGCUGAAGUCGGUGGCUCACCUCCCGUGGAGGAUGCUUACUUACAAGGCCUUGAACACCUUCAUUGACGAUCUGUUUGCUUUCGUCAUCAAGAUGCCCAUGAUGUAUAGAAUCGGGUGUCUGCGAGACGAUAUCGUAUUCUUCAUCUAUCUGUACCAGCGAUGGAUUUACCGGGUGGACCCGACGAGAGUUAAUGAAUUCGGGACAAGUGGAGAACCUCCGGUCUCUCUGCCUGAGCCGGAGGGGCAAGCGUCUCUUCCCGCUGUCCCAAACGACACAUCUCCACCCAAACCAGAAGAAGACAAAAAGAAGGACUAAUUUAUUCCUCAUGCCCCCAACCCCCCCAUGAACUGUUCUGCCCCCUUUGCGGGGGUGAAUCGGCUGCUGUUUUAUAUAUAAACCCUUCUUAUCCGUAACCCCUUGUUAAGACGGUGUUGCCCCCGUCUGUUAUGUAUAUGGGACUGGUGAAGUACGUCUUUCUCUGCCCACCCUCUCCCGUGCUUUCUGUCAUCCUUCUCUCUGUGCCCUCCUCCCUCUGUCUUCCAAUCUCUCUCUCUCCUCCUUAUCCAAUUCCCCUCUCCCCAACUUCUCUCCCUCUCUGAUUCCGUCGUGCUGUGUCUCUCUCCCCCGUGAUCAGGACCCCUUUGUUGGGUCAACGUGCGAAAACUGGGUUUAAUAAAUGAGGCCGCUCUUUAACUUUCCACUGUUUGGGCGGCAGUCUAAUCCGA